GUUUUGUUAAGACUUAACAUUAGGUUUUGGGAAACCGCACCAUUUGUUAAAGUGAUAAAGACCAAUUUUUUAUUUUUUAUUUAUUUAUUUAUUUUUUUAAGCAAAUAAAGAAUGAAUAACUUGUAUUACAGAACACGCGCUGUAAUUGUCGUGGUUAAAUUAUUUUUAACCUCUGUAAUUAUCCUGACAUGGGGUAGAUUUUCUCUGUCCAUAUUCAUCCGUUCCUUAAAACACUCCUAAUAGUCCUAACACUCUAACAGACUACUGUCACAAUCAGAUUUUUUUUAUUUUUAUUUUUAUUUUUACACUGAGAGAUUAUAAAUACAGUCUUCCCUAAAAAAAACCCAAUUACAAAAAUUGAAAUAAACUCUGAAACAAAGAAAUUUCAAUUGAUUUGUUAUUGGGUGCCAUUGUUGGUUUCUGUGAAAUUGAAUGGCGAAGCAGAAAGUGCCGCGGAAGCAACAGGAGAAGGAGACGGAGUUGGACUACCAUAGAUUCAAAGCUUUUGCAGGAAUGGUGGUUGAUGUCGCACAGAAGCAUUCUGAUGUAUACUUCUUUCCUCAAGGCUUCUUAGAACAAGCUUCAACUCCUGCUUCAUUCUCAUCAAUGGUGACCUCCAGACCUUAUGUGGCUUGUCGUGUUGUUGAUGUUACUUAUUGGGGUGAUCCUGUUACUGACGAAGUUUUCGUCAAGUAUCGGCUUAUGCCAUUGACAGACAUUCAUGUCAUGGGUAAUUAUAAUGGUAAUCGUGAUCGAGAUAAUGAUGAUGAUAAUGUGGUUGAUUCGUUCGUCAAGUGUAUAACCACUUCGGAUGCCAACAAUGGUGGUGGGUUCUCUGUUCCGAAGAAUUGUGCUGUAUCGAUUUUUCCAACUUUGAAUUUCGAGGAUGAUCCGCCGGUGCAAACACUCGAAAUCAGUGAUGUUCAUGGAGUUAAGUGGGAGUUUAGGCAUAUUUACAGGGGGACGCCUAGGAGACACUUGUUCACUUCUGGUUGGACCACGUUUGUGAAUAGCAAGUAUCUUACUCGUAAUGAUUCUGUUAUUUUUGCCAGGAAUAAGGUUACAGGGGACCUGUCUGUUGGCAUUCGAAGGCAUUUUACGCCGCUGUCGAGACUGCCUAAGGGGUAUGUGCCCAAACCCCCAAGACCGGGCGUGUUUUCGAGGAGUCAGAGGGGGAGGGUCGCAGCUGAGGUGGUGGUGGAGGAGACGGAGAAGGCGAUCAAAGGUUUGCCAUUAGAGGUCGUUUAUUAUCCCAGGGCUGGGUUGCCUGAGUUUGUGGUGGAAGCUCACAAGGUAGAGCAGGCUUGUAGAGUGAAUUGGACUUCUGGAACCCGGGUUAGAUUUCCACAGAAUGCCGGAGAUGGAGGGCCGAGCGUGACGUGGUUUAUUGGGACGGUUACUUCCGUGGUUCCUAGUCCUAAUGACGGGCCUUGGCCUGGUUCUGUGUGGCGGAUGCUUCAGGUUACUUGGGAUGAGCCAGAAAAGUUGGAAGAAGUAAGGAUGCUUAGUCCAUGGCAAGUGGAGUGUAUUGCUCCAACACCACCACCACUACCACCUACUAUUCGUGCUGCAUUUGAUACCCCUGCCAAAAGGCUCAAGGGUGUGCAGAACUCUGCUCUACUAGCUGAUGGGAAGGGAGAUAUCUACUUUACUCCUCAACUCGGAUUUGGUUCACUGGUGAUGGACCAGUUGAUUCCUUCCCAUAUGAAUUACAACAUUUUUCCCGCAGGCAUGCAGGGAGCCAGGCAAUUUCCUAGUAUUUAUCCAUCUAAUUCACCUAUGAUCAUGAAUGACGAUUCUCACCAGGGGCACACUGAUGAUAAUUUGGACAGUAAUAUGUCACCGACACAGAAAGUGGAAGGUGUAUCCACUGACCUGAAUAUUGCCAGUUCAUCCUCUGAGACACGUUCACUUGACAGCCUCAACAGUGUGCAGUUCUUUGGUGCAAUGAGUACUGGAAAAGGUGUCACUUCAUUUCAGCUGUUUGGAAAGAUCAUUCAUAUAGAACAACCUCCUGCAAAUACGGAUGACAUAAGCUGUACUCAUGCUGAAUUCAGGGGAACUUUUCCCCUGUGAUGAAACCAUCUGCUUUGUGAAUGGUGAUUUGCAAUGUGUUGGUGAUAGGGGAGGCUGUACAGGUAUGUGGUUCGUUGAACAGAGGCACGCACACCAUGCAGCUUCUAAUUUAGUAUUGGACAUAAGUAGGUUGCUGAUGGUGGUUUUUUUUUUCCUUUCGUCUGGUUUAUAUUGAAAAUGUAAAGUUUAGCUUCGAGAUUUUAUCAGAUUACGUUUGAAUAAUUUGCUUUGCAAUGGUGUGCUUUUAUGUUUGGACAAAUAUGUAAAUUUAUUCCACAAUUAGAAUGGAGAAAAACCAUCAGUGUUUUUGUGGAUUUUCUUGAUAAACCAUGCUUCCCAAGUUGCCUUACUUUUUUUCUGUGGAUUUUCUUUCCUUUGUAUGUCUCAACAGUUGGUAGCUGCCGUGUUUACUUACCUUUUUAUUUAGUGAUUGUUGUCGUAGGCUUCCAAUUGAUGCUUUUCAUGGCUUCGGUAUCAGCAUGAUCUUUUACUUACAUAUGUUUGAUAGUAUCAAUUCAAAACAAUCUU